AUGGAAAAAAAUUUCCAGCAUGGAGUCGCUCCUUCUGUUUAUUUCUUGGAGGCAAAGGCAAAACUAAUUGGCUACUUGAAAGUGAACAACAACCACAACCAAAUGAUCCCAAACGUGCUCAAUGGGAUAUCGACAACUGCACAGUUUUGGGUUGGUUCUUCAACUCUAUGGAAGAACAUAUCUAUAACAUGUUUAUGUAUUACGAUACAGCCCCUCGCUUGUGGGCUGCCUUGACACAGAUGUAUGCUUAUGCUCGAAAUGAUGUUCGCAUUUAUGAGCUUUAUCAGGAGAUAUCUCAUGCAAAGCAGGAGGUUCUAAAUCUCUCAGUUGCUGAAUUUUUUGGAUAUUUACAGUCUCGCUGGGAAGAGUUGGCUCAAUAUGAGCCCAUUAGUGACUUUCUGGCUUAGACCGCCUCUAUUGUGGUCAAAAGGCUUACUCGUCAGCACAUUUUUCAUUUCUUGAUGGGUUUGAAAACUAACUUCGAGCCUCUCCGAAUUCAGAUUUUAAACACCUCACCUAUGCCAUCUUUGUAUGAGGUUUUUGCUACUAUUGAUAGUGAAGAGCAUCGCCGUCGCAUCAUUCAGCCCCAAGGUCUUCUUGCAACUCCUACUAUUUCUAUUGUGAACGAUCAGAUGGCUUUUGCUGCUAGCUCUCGUCCUCCGUCUGGGAAGAUUAUUUGCCAUCAUUGUGGUGACAGUGGGCAUGUUAAGGCCCGGUGUUACAAACUUCAUCCCGAGUUGAAGCCACGUGUUACUCGGAAUCGUUCGUAUGAUUCUAGCUCUUCUGGCCCUUCCCGCACAGUAGCUUUUGCUGAAAAUACCGGCAUUUCUGCGCCUCUUAGCCAACCGAAUUAUAGCCACCUUCAGUCUCAGAUUGGACAACUUCAAGAGCAACUUGGCAAUCUAACUGCUCGUGCUCAGAGUGCGCCCUCCACCUCUACCGCCACACUCGCUGUAGGUAUUCCCACUGCUUUUCAUGUUCGGUCUGCGAAACCUACUUGUGGUCUGGAUUCUGGUGCCAAUGAUCAUAUGACUGGACCUGGUUUCGAAAAGGAUUUUUGGCAAGGGAUAUGAGCGCGAUGGGCUUUACUUCUUUGGGGAGCUGCCACCAUCCUUACCCACUUCAUCUAGUCUUCAGGCAUCUGUGUUGCCUUCAUCUCAUGCUUAUGUUUUCUCUCUUAAG